AUGCCUGGUCGCCUCAGAGUCCGGAGGCCCUCUCCAACCACCGUAUCCUUCACCGUCUCCGAUGCGCCCAGCCGCUCCAAUUCCUCUGCCAAAAUCCUCUUCGCUCUCCAGAUCCUGCUCCGCGGCUUGGUAUUCUGCUGCGCCAUCUUCGCGGCCAUCGCACGGUUCCGACACUCCCAUUUCACUGGGAAUGACUCCAUUAUCCACUGGGAGGAUGUGUGGUCAAGCCCGCUGGGCGUGAAGAUGUGUCGCUGGGUGGACCCCUACAACCCGUGGGCGGUUGCUGCGACCAGCGCCUUGGCGAUCUACGGGAUGUUCAGGAAGGGCUAUACAGAGGAAUCCCUCCUGGUCAUCCGUGGCUUUGGGAUUCAAACUUCUACCUCGUCCUCCACGUAUCUGUCAGGCGCGGCGACGAGGUUCAUCCCAACCACCCAGAUUCAAGAUAUUGUGAUCCAUGAAGCCUUCAGAGGGUUUGAAGUGCGGUUUUACUUGGCUGUGGUUGUGGAGGGCGAGCCGGAGGUCGUGGUGGUCUUCCCGACGCUGCUACCCAGGCGAAAGAUACUCGAGGAAGUGUGGAGAGGUUCUCGUCAUUGUCUGUACGAUGCAAAGUCAUGA